AUGAUGAACACAUGGCAGAAAAAGAUGAACAGAACUGAGAUGCUCAUGAAAAUAACAGUUGUUAUCCGCAUGCUGAUCACAUUGACGGAGAUGUUAGCACAGGCCAUGGCACUUCAGGACAGCCAGGAUCUCACAGGUGAAGUGGUUGAUGAUGUCGUCCCCGCAGAAGGGCAGCCUCACAGCCGGGGUUGUCUGAACUACAGAGUUGGUGAUACCAGCUGCUUAGGAGCCAACAGCCAUGGGCAUGUAGGCGGCCUUACUCAAGACGACGGAGUACCUUAG